CCAUGCCCAGGCGAGCAUAACAAAUUGCAUAAUUAAAAACUUUCCACCGAAUUCGGCGGAAAUAAAAGAAUGAAAAAAAUCAGAUAAUAAUGGCCCAACAAUUGGAUCUGACUCGCGGGUAGAAAAACGAUGAUUUGCCGUAUGGCAGAACUCUCCGAAGCGGGGCAGUUUAUGUACCGAUGCAUUGAAUGUACGAAGUACCUACGAGCCUACCUACGAAGUACUACUUGGAAAUCUGUUCGGAGAACGGACAUGUCUUUGAUCUUGAAUGCAUCUCGGACUUCGGGGCUCCUACUCCCCAACAAGAUCAAUCGCCCAGGUAAUACUUGUCGGAAGCUACACAGCAUGGAUCUAUACAUACCUAGGUACGAUAGGAUAUAACUCUGAAUCAGCCGAGUCGACCUUAACUCCUACGUCUCAUGUCUCGUUCACGCAAUCAAAAACGGAGAUUUCGUUUCAAUGGAGAGAAGAUGUCCUUGAAAGGCGGCGAAUAAGAAGAAGUAUCUGAUACAGUGACCCUGAAAGGUAGGUAGUCUUUAGAAUGUUCUACAAAACUUGCAUGGUUUGAGCUUGGAUGAAGACGUUUACUAGCAGGAACGUCAUACCUGAGAAAAAUUCAUUCACAAAGACUAUUUAUAUAUAUCUAUCUCUCUGUCCCCCCUUCAUUCCCUUUGGCUAUAUUCAAUUGUUUUUUCUUUGACAAUCUCACACUACAAUAAUAUAUCUACAUCUACAUAAAUCAAAACCGCCAAAAUGGUUCAAAACAAAGGUCUUAUCUUCAAGCAAGUUCCUCAGGGAGUUCCUGUUGCAGGAAAGGAUUUGGUAGUUGAGACUCGUGAAUUCGAUCUUGACCAAGCACCACCCGCUGGAGGUAUCACAACCAAGAACUUCUAUGCCUCCUUCGAUCCUUACCAACGUGGACGUAUGAGAGCCGCAGAAACCAAGUCCUACUCCCCAGCUUUCCCAUUGGGACAACCUAUCAACAACAACACUGUUGCCAAAGUUAUCAAGUCAGACAACCCUAAAUUCCAACCAGGAGAUCUCCUCACCGGUCUCAUCUGGACUGAAGAGUACUCUGCUCUUCCAAAACAACUCGCAGAUGGCGCAGCAAAAAUCGAGAACCCAUAUAACUUGGACGUAAAGCAUUUCCUUGGAGCAUUGGGCAUGCCCGGAUUGACCGCAUACUCCUCAUUCUACGAAAUCGGCAAGCCUGUCAAGGGCGAGACCAUCUUCAUCUCCUCCGCAUCCGGAGCCGUUGGAGCCCUCGUUGGACAACUCGCCAAGCACGAAGGCCUCACAGUUAUUGGAUCCGUUGGUUCUGAUGACAAAUUAGACUACAUCAUCAACGAAUUGAAGUUCGAUGGUGGUUUCAACUACAAGACCGAGAAGCCAGCAGAUGCUCUCAAGCGUCUUGCACCAAACGGCGUCGACAUCUACUACGAGAACGUCGGAGGAGAACAAUUAGAAGCUGCUAUCAACGCAAUGAACGAUCACGGUAGAAUCGUCGCGUGCGGUAUGAUUAGCGAGUACAGCAAACCAGAAGCCGAGAGAUACCCCAUCAAGAACUUGAUGAACAUUGUUGCAAAGAGAAUCACCAUGAGAGGUUUUAUCGUUUCUGAUGCUAACAUGGGCCCAUUGCAUGUCAAGGCAAGAGACGAGAAUGUUGCCAAGUGGUUGGCGGAUGGAAGCUUCAAGGCUUCUUUGAGUGUUACUGACGGAAUCGAUAAUGGACCAGAGGGAUUCAUUGGUAUGCUUGGAGGAAAGAACUUUGGAAAGGCGGUUCUGAAGAUUGCUGAUUCCGAGUAAACAACAUAUAUAUAUAAUGGGCUAGAAAAGUCAUGAAAUAAUAAUUUAAAAAUAUAUACCCAAAUACACGUUCCUAUAAUUCUCCUCCUCUCCGCAAAAUAUCGUUCCGCGUAAGAGAU